AUUAAUUAUCCUUAUUGAGUUCCAAUACAUAAGGAUCUCCUUCCAUUCAUCCAUCCAUAUAUCCCUUGUCCCUCCUCCAUCCUCCGCCUACAACCACCAAGACCACUGACAACUUGUGGCGGUGUGAUUCUUUGUGUACAUGUUGCAGAAGCACCAUGAUCACUGGAAAGGACAUUUACGAUGUUCUCGCAGCCAUUGUGCCACUGUAUGUAGCCAUGAUGCUAGCUUAUGGCUCCGUGCGGUGGUGGAAAAUCUUCACGCCGGAUCAGUGCUCCGGCAUUAACAGAUUUGUCGCCGUUUUUGCUGUUCCAUUGCUUUCUUUCCACUUUAUUUCUUCCAAUAAUCCUUACGAGAUGAACUACCAUUUCAUAGCCGCGGAUUCACUUCAAAAGAUCGUUAUGCUAUCUGCUUUGUUCGUCUGGCAAUGGCUGAGUAAAAGUGGUAGCCUGGAGUGGAUGAUCACCUUGUUCUCUCUUUCAACACUCCCAAACACUUUGGUUAUGGGCAUCCCGUUGCUCAAGGCCAUGUAUGGCGAUUUCUCCGGUUCCCUUAUGGUGCAAAUCGUGGUGUUACAGAGUGUCAUAUGGUACACGCUUAUGUUGUUCAUGUUCGAAUACAGAGGUGCGAAGCUUCUCAUAACUGAGCAGUUCCCGGAAACCGCCGGUUCAAUUACGUCUUUCCAUGUUGAAUCCGAUGUUGUGUCGUUGAACGGCCGCGAGCCGUUACAGACUGACGCCGAGAUAGGCGACGACGGGAAGCUUCACGUGGUGGUCAGGAGGUCUUCCACCGCCUCCUCACGAUCUGUGAUCUCCUCUUACAAUAAGUCCCAUAAUGUCACCGGUAUAACACCGAGGGCCUCGAACCUCACCGGAGUUGAGAUCUACUCCGUUCAGUCGUCUAGGGGUCCGACACCGAGGGCAUCCAGUUUCAACCAGUCGGACUUUUACGCUAUGUUUAGUAAAGCCACAAGCCCUAAACACGGGUACACUAGUAGCUUCGGAGGUGGGGACAUUUUCUCGAUGCAGUCCUCAAAAGGUCCGACACCAAGAACAUCAAAUUUCGAAGAAGAAAUGUUGAGGAUGGGGAAGAAGAGAACAGGAGGAAGGAGUAUGAGUGGUGAACUCUUCAAUAAUAACAGUACUACUACCAACAACAAUGGUCAUGUAGUUUCUUCUUACCCACCUCCCAUUCCAAACCCUACCUUUUCAUUAGCCUCCAGCAGUAGUACUGCUGCCGGUGGUGGCACCAGCGGUCCCAAGAAGAAAGAAAUCGGUGCGCCACCGCCCAAUAACAGUAAGGAGCUUCACAUGUUUGUAUGGAGCUCAACUGCAUCUCCUGUUUCAGAAGGUAACAUGAAACAUGCAGUCAACAAGGCUGCUGCUGAAUUUGGAGCCAUUGACGCUUCAAAAGCUAUUACUACACCAGAAAAUGCAAGUCCUAUGACAAAAACCUAUGGAGAACAGAAAGAGAUCGAUAUAGACGAAGCAAAACAACGAAUAAGCGGAUCACCUCCAUUCAAGAAAUUUGGAAACGAAGAAGCCGAUCAGAACAAGAACCACCGUAUGCCGCCGGCGAGUGUCAUGACAAGGCUGAUUCUGAUAAUGGUUUGGCGAAAGCUUAUUCGAAACCCCAACACGUAUUCCAGCCUCUUGGGUCUCAUUUGGUCUCUAGUUUCCUUCAGGUGGGAUAUUAAAAUGCCAACCAUUGUAAGUGGAUCAAUAGCAAUUUUAUCCGAUGCAGGUCUAGGAAUGGCGAUGUUUAGCCUAGGGUUAUUUAUGGCAUUACAACCAAAAAUUAUAGCAUGUGGGCAACGAGUGGCGACCUUUUCAAUGGCAGUGAGGUUCUUAACUGGGCCAGCAGUGAUGGCUGCUACUUCCAUUGCCAUCGGUCUUCGUGGUGUUCUUCUUCAUGUAGCCAUCGUUCAGGCAGCAUUGCCACAAGGAAUUGUGCCGUUUGUUUUUGCGAAGGAGUACAACGUUCAUGCCGAUAUUCUUAGUACUGCGGUUAUUUUUGGGAUGUUGAUUGCUUUGCCAAUAACAAUACUCUACUAUGUGCUGCUUGGAGUGUAAUUUAGUAGAAGUCAAUGCUUUUGGGGUGAAUCCAAGAGUAGAUCGGUCAACGUACGACUUACAUCAAAACACAUGCAGCCUACGUGUUACCCACGGAUUAAUUAUAGUACUUCUCUUU